AUGAUGAGCUCAAGCUAUUGGAGUGAGACCAACAGCAGCAGCUGUGAGACCCAGCAGCCCUCAGAAGUGCUGCAGUGCCAACCCCAGCAUUACCACUGCUACCAUCAGUCAAGCCAAUCCCAGCAGCCCCCAGAAAAAAAUGUAGUAUAUGAACGCGUGAGGACAUACAGCGGGCCCAUGAACAAGGUGGUGCAGGCCUUGGACCCCAUCAGCUCACGAGAAGUGCUCUCCCCUCUCAAAACCUCCUCCUCCUACCAAAAUUUGGUUUGGAGCGACCAUUCCCAGGAACUCCAUUCCCCAACUCUGAAAGUAUCUACCUGUGCCCCAAGCACUCUACAUAUAACCCAAAAUACUGAUCAGGAAGUCCAGUCUCCAACAGUGAAAGUCACUACAUAUCCACAGACCACCAUUAGGAGAUACAUAGUACAAAAUCCUGAACAGGAACCACUGUCUCCAUUCCUAAGAGGAGGCCAUUUCUUCCCAGGAAACAAUGUUAUUUAUGAAAAAACAAUAAGAAAAGUGGAGAAGCUAAAUCCAGACCAGCCUUGGAAACCCUACAGAAUCUACUCGAUGACUUUUUUUUUUUGGUAUCUUCAGGUUCAAUGCCAUCAUCAUCAUGUUGUCCAACAACCCCAGAUCAUCCGCUCUCCACACUAUCUACAAUCUGAUUCUACUCAACAAAUACAGACCAUCACAGGAAGUGAUUCAAUCUCUACAAACACUGAAAAUGAGCUGGGUCAUGGUGGAUCAAGUCAGACACAUGAACAGGUUAUAAUUCAGGAUGCUGGCCCUGAAAAAUUGGACCCCAAGUAUUUUGGAGAGUUGCUUGCUGAUCUAAGCCGUAAGAAUAUGGACCUAUACCACUGCUUAUUAGAACAUUUGCAGAGAAUUGGAGGAAGCAAACAAGACUUUGAGUCUACAGAUGAGUCAGAAGACAUUGAAUCAUUGAUUCCUAAAGGACUUUCAGAAUUUACAAAACAACAAAUUCGCUAUAUUCUGCAGAUGAGGGGGAUGUCUGAUAAGUCACUUCGACUAGUACUGUCCACAUUCAGCAACAUACGGGAGGAACUUGGACAUCUUCAAAAUGACUUGACAUUACUGGAAAAUGACAAGUUAAGACUUGAGAAAGACUUGGCAUUCAAAGAAACGCAAAUAAAAGAGUAUGAAGAACUUUUGGCAUCAGUGAGAGCAAAUAAUCGCCAGCAGCAGCAAGGACUUCAAGACUCAAGCUCAAAAUGCCAGGCACUGGAAGAAAACAAUCUCUCUCUUCGACAUACACUGUCUGACGUGGAAUAUAGACUAAAAGAACUAGAAUACUGUAAACGUAAUUUAGAACAAGAGAAUAAAAACCUUAGAGUGCAGGUUUCUGAGACUCACACAGGCCCAAUGCUGCAGGCAAAAAUGGAUGAGAUUGGCAGUCAUUACAUGGAGAUGGUAAAAAACUUGAGAAUUGAGAAAGAUAGAGAAAUCUGCAAAUUAAGGACCCAAUUAAACCAGUAUCAAAAAGACGUUUCUAGAAGAGAAGGAAGUUGCAGUGAUUUCCAACUCAAGCUUCACGAACUGACAAGUUUGCUGGAAGAGAAAGAUGCGCUUAUAAAACGUCAGUCAGAGGAACUCUCCAAAUUAAGACAAGAAAUGUAUUCAUCUCAUAACCAACUCACCAGUGGUGGAAGGACUACUAUUACCACUAAAAAGUACAGGACACAAUAUCCCAUCCUAGGCCUUCUGUAUGAUGACUAUGAAUAUAUACCACCAGGCAGUGACACACAGACUAUUGUCAUUGAGAAAACAGAAGACAAAUGGACCUGUGUAAGUUAA